UCGGAAUAGUUUCUAACGUUUUUUCUAUAAUAUAAUGAUAAGUGAUUAAUAGUAUGAUAAAAGUGAAUAACUGAAUAAUUAGAAGUAUUUUGAUUGUUUAAUUAAAAGAUAAAUUUAAUUAAAGGCGAAAAAUCGAAAUAUCGAAUUAGAAGGAUUUAAUUAAGGAGAUAAUUAGAAAAUUUUUGCUCCAAAAGAUGUUGGAGAGAAAUCGUGUUUUGGUUUUCAAGUGUGAUUAGUGGAACGUUAGAGGAAUUAGGAAGAGGAAAAAUUCUGGACAUCGAUGUCCAGGGAAGUUAAAUUCGUUAACGAAAAGUGCCUGGACCCCUGUAAUGAAUGGCCUUACCCUCAGGAAAAUUGCUCUGGGGAAAAGAAUCGCUCCCUAAUGUCUAUGGAAUGCCAAUGAAAAGGCGAAAUCGCUGACACUUUGGAAUAUUACAACGCAAUGAGACUUGAAUCUGACGAAACUUGAAAAAUAAAUUAGUGUUUAUUGUAUUUUAAUAGACACUUGCAAUUCUUAGAAAUGCCAGAUGAUAAUUUACAAAAUAUUGCACUUCAAUCUCAACCAGUCAGCAAAUCAAUUAAUAAUGCUGGAAAUAUUUUCGACACGCCGUUAACAUCUUUUGCUGAGAUGUGGUACCAAAUAUUUUUAUCGGCACUCUUCUCCUCAAUUUUUGUCCACACAAUUGCUGGUGCAAUAUGCUUUGCAACUUUAAGAAAACACAAAUAUGGAAAGUUCUUCCCCCUGUUGAUUAUAAUAAUGGGCUUUGUACUGCCGCUAACAUCAGGAGUUCUCAGUUCUGCUGCAGUGGCUUUUGUCUAUCAAGCGUCAAGCUAUCAAAUGCCAUCUUUAUAUGCCUUAUUCUGGGGUAUUGGGCAGACUUUCGUGGCUGCUUGCGUUGGCUUCACGAGAAUUUUAGCAACCUUAUAAUCAAAGAAAAUUUAUUUUCCUUUCUGUAAAUAUAUUUCUUCGUAACUUAUCAUUUCUGUCGUAAAGCACAAUUUUUUUAUUUUAGAAUUCAACAUAGUUUUCGAAUAAAAUUGUUCCUUCUU